AUGAAUCCAUAUGGUUUAUAUAAUGGAUUGUAUGGUCAAACAUCAUUACCAUUACCAUUACCAGGUACAGAUACAACAGGUAUGUUACAUUCACAACAAUUACAUUCACCAUUGGUUGGAUUAAUAAAUCCAUUGUUACAACAAACACAACAACAACAACAAGCUCAACAACAACAACAACAAGUGCAACAACAAGCUCAACAACAACAACAACAAUUAGUGACAUCACCAAUUCAAGCAUCAGCUAUUACACCAACAAUGACAAAUUCAACCAUUGUUACAACACCACCAAUUGGUAGUGCACCACCAACACCCAAUACAUUGAUGAAAACCGAUGGUCCAGGUUUAAUGAAUUAUCAAAGGGAAAAGUAUGGUUCAAAUUUAUUUCAUAAAAAUGAAGAGGGUUUCUAUACAUGUUUCUUUUUAAAUUGUAAUAAAUCAUUACAAGCCAACUUUAGUCGUCACAUUUCAAGACAUGAACAAGAUGGUGAUCCAGUUGAUCCAACUAGAGUUAAACAUAUUAAUCAUUCACCUAUAAUUCCAGUUAAAGAGAGUAAAAAACAACAAGCACAACAACAACUAUUACAACAACAACAACAACAACAACAACAAGCUGCUGCCGUUGCACAACAACAACAACAUUCUUCAGAUGGUUCAAUUGAAGCAAACAUUAAUGCAAUGUCACCCAUUUUAAUUAGUAGUAAUAGCAAUAAUAAUAAUAAAGGUGUAAGUGCACCACCACAACUAUCAGCAAUUAGUCCAAUUGUAUCAAGUGGUACCAUUAGUGGUGGCGUACCAAUUAUGACACCUGUUAAACAACCAAUGGUCGCACCUUAUUCUCAACAAAUGAUGUUUACACCACAACAAUUACAACAAUUACAACAACAACAAUUAUUACAACAACAGCAACAAGCAGCAGCACAACAACAACAACAACAACAACAACAACAACAACAAUUAUAUUAUCAACAAGCCCAACAACAGCAACAACAAGCCCAACAACAACAGCAACAACACUAUUUACAACAACAACAACAACAACAAGCACAACAAGCACUAUUAUAUCAAUAUCAACAACAACAACAACAACAACAACAGCAACAGGUACAACAACAACAACAACAAUCUAAACAAACACCAAUACGUGCAGCAGCAGCAGCGGCCACAGCAGCAGCACAAGCACAACAUUCACCACAACCAAUGGAUAUACCACAAGUAGAGAAACAACCAGGAAUAAACUAUCAAGCAUGUCAACACCCAUUACAUCAACAAUGGUGGAAUACAAAUUCUAUUCUACCAUUAUCAGAAUUUUAUCCACGUGCAAGUAAAUGUAAAAAAUGUUAUAUUAAACAACAACAAGAUUCAAGACGUCAAAGAUCAAAUAACCCAAUGGGUGGUCCAAUGACAAUGGGUGAUCAUAUGGGUUAUGAUACAACCAAUCAAAAUGGUACCCCACUUUCAAAUGGAAAUAAUAUGAUGAAUGGUAAUAGUAAUUUCCCAACACCAAUAAAACAACAACCAAUUAGUAAUAUUACACCAAUUAAAUCUGCAAUUAUAAAUAAUAUUUAUCAUACACCAGUUCAAAAUCAUCAUCCACAACAACAAACUCCAACUCCACAACAAUUAAUAAAUAAUAUUUUUAAUACACCUCAAUCUCAACAGUCAUUAGGAUUAAUGCAACAUCGUCAACAACAACAACAACAACAACAAUAUUUACAACAACAACAACAACAACAACAACAAUAUUUACAACAACAACAACAACAACAACAACAACAACAACAACAACAACAACAACAACAGUAUUUACAACAACAAUUACAACAACAACACCAACAACAACAAUUACAACAACAGCAUCAACAACAACAAAUUCAACACCAACAACCACAACAACAACAAAUUCAACAACAACAAAUUCAACAACAACAACCAAUUAUUGGUGAAGAUGGUCGUGAAUUAACACAAGAAGAACAAAUAUUUAGACAACAACAAGCACUUCAAAUUCAAAUUCAACAAGCUCAUAUUGCACAACAACAAAAAUGGGCAAAACAAGUUUAUCGUCCAAAAGUUAAAACUACUAAACCAAUUUUGAAUGAAUUAAUGAUUGAUCAUUUGAAAUCAAUGGUUUUACAAUUAAUGAAAGAUACAAGAACUAAACAAAUUAGAGAACCAUUUGGCGAUCAAUCCAAAUAUAAAGAUCACAUAAAGAAUCCAAUGGAUUUAGGUACAAUUGAAAAGAGAUUAACUACUAAAUACUAUAAAGAUUAUCAAAUCAUCUAUCAAGAUAUUAAAUUGGUUUUCUCAAAUGUAAUGGAGAUUGUAAAUGCUGCAAUCGCUGCCAACGAUAGCAAUGAUCCAAUGGAAUCAGUUGAGGAACUCGAUAAAGAAUUUGAAGAACAAUAUCAACAACAUUUACAUCAAUGUGAAAUCGAUGCACAAUAUAAAUCAGAGAUUGUUGCAUUGGUAUGUGACAUGUGUAAACAACCACCCAUUCCAUAUCAACAACCACCACCACCACCAACAUUGGAUGCCAAUGGUAACAUUAUUCCAAGUGGUGAUAUCAUUACAAUGUCAACUCAACCAGUCCCAUUGAUAGUCUGUCAAGGUAGUUGUUUAAGAGCUUUUCAUUUACAUUGUCUUGGCUUACCAUGUACUCGUGAAUGUUCAACCCAACCUUUUAUUUGUAGAGAAUGUCAAUUGGGUAAACCAAUACUUCAUUUCGAUCCAGAGGAAGAACAAUACUUUUAUUUCUAUUUCGAUGGUUUACAUUCAACUGAAGAUGGUAUAGAAGAAUUUGAAGAUUCCUCUUCAACUGGUAUUAAUGAUGAUUUGGUUGUACCUGAAAUGCCAAAUACUAAUGAUACCAACACACCUGUUAUUAUCUCUUCCAUUGGUUUAUUGGAUAAAGAAGAACUCAUCGAUAUUAGAGUUAAAGAAGAACAAGUUCGUCUAAAAGAUUAUUUCUAUGAUCCAUAUUGGUGUAUGUGGAGAUGUAAAUCUAAAAUUGUAUUAGAUAAAAGAGAAGAAAGACAAAAACCAACUUUUUUAAAUCAUAUUCAAGUUCAUAAAAAAUCAACUCCAAAUAAAGUUCAAAAAAAGAAAACUAUAAAAAGAAAAUAA